AGUACAGCAAACAAGAUAAACAUGAACUCACCCCCAAAUCUCAUACACACAUCACCAUGCAAAGGGCUUAAACAAGCGAUUAAAUUAGACAGACAGCUAAUGAGCUUUGUUAAUGGAGGCGUAGCCCCAGUUGCAUAUAACCAAGUCCUACGCGUCGUUGAUUGAUUGGUGAGUAUUUUGAAUAUGUGGCCACCUUACCCUGUAAAUGGGCAUUGCAAGUGAGGUAGAGUGAGAUUUUGAAGGCUUUUGCCUAUUUCUCUCGUCCUGUGCGCCUGUAAAUCCCACUCCAACCAGGUGGAAGGAUGGCAAAUCUUUCAGCGCUGCACAAGUCAAUGACAUGGAGAAUCAGUGUUAAUGCUUCGUUGGAGCCUACCCGCUUCUUUUGCAACACCUCUUCCAAGUUCCACGCUUCUUUCGCCCCCUUUUCCGAGGUCCGGAAUGGUGCUCUGCAGGAUGUUUCAAAAAAUAAUAGACUUUCCACAAACAUUGUGGCACGUAGAGAGUUCACCAGAAGAUCUCGUAAGAAAUCACACCAACCAAAGACUAAGGAUGCCUUUUCAAGGGACUCUCCAGGGUCCCCUAUUUCUGCUCCAGCGCUGGCAAAAGAUUUGCAAGAUCAAGAUAAGGGAAAAAAGGAACAGGAUGUCACUGAUAUAGACUCAGAUGAAAUUGACAAGACAAGCCGGGGAGCUCAACAAGUGGUGGUAACUGGUGGGAAAAGGAAUCUGAAGAAGAAAAAUAUAAAAGGUAUUGACAGUGACCUUAUUGAAAACAGACGAUCUCAACUAGGCACCGAAGAAUCUGAAAAAGAGAAAUCACAAGACAUUCGUGCCAGUCAAAAGUUACACGUAGCUCAAGAUGUAAAUGCUGUAAUAAAGGAGGAAGCCGAGAUAUUGGAAAGACAGAACAUAGAGAAGGAAAAAGCUGAGGCAAGGAAAAGGGAUUUGGAAAAACUUGCAAACGAGAACUCUUCUGUUCACAAUAAGAUAUUCUUUUAUCCUAUUCCUGCAAAGGCAGGGAAAGAAAUUAAAAUAUUCUUUAAUAAAAGCAUAACGACCUUAUCCAAUGAGCCAAAGGUUUUUAUAAUGGGGGCUUUCAAUAACUGGAAAUGGAAUUCUUUCAUGACAGAGUUGCAAAAGAGUGAAAUCAGUGGCGAUUGGUGGACUUGUAAACUAAGCAUACCGAAGGAGGUAUACCAAAUAGACUUUGUGUUCUUCAAUGGAGUUGAAAUUUAUGAAAAUAAUGACAACAGAGAUUUCUCAAUAGUAGUUGAAGGUGGAUUGGACAAACAAUCUUUUGAAGACCUUCUGCUUGAAGAAAAACGCAGGGAGUUGGAGCGACUUUCAGCAGAGGAGGCUGAGAGGGAGAGAAUGGCCGCAGAGCAACAAAGGCUGGAGAAAGAAAAAGCUGCAGUGGAAGCAGAUAGAGCGGAAGCAAAGAAGCUAGUGGCUGAAAGGCGAGAACAAACAUGGCAAGUCUUGCAGAUGGCUGUAAAAUCUGUCAGUGGCUUAUGGCACAUUGAGCCUGAUGAUUUUAAAGGAGGAGACAGGGUGAAAAUUUAUUAUAAUCGAAAAUCACGUCCACUUGCUUUGUCUUCAGAUGUUUGGAUUCAUGGGGGCUACAACAAUUGGCAAGAUGCAUUGUCCAUAGUUCACAAACUGGCCUAUGAUAAUGCAGAAGAUGGCGAUUGGUGGUCUGUGGAGGUGGAGGUCCCAAAUCGAGCAUUUAUUCUUAAUUGGGUCUUUGCUGACGGACCUCCAGGGAAUGCUAAGGUGUAUGACAAUAAUAAUUAUCAAGAUUUUCAUGCCGUUGUACCAAAAUCUAUCCCAGAAGAACUCUUUUGGGCCGAAGAAGAAAACUUUGUUUUUUUGAGGCUUCAGCAGGAGAGACAAAAAAAUGAGGAUGCAGCUCGUAGAAAGGCUGAGAAAAUGCAACGUUUAAAAGCUGAAAUGAAGCAGAAAACUAAAAAACGGUUUUUGGAGUCUCAAAAGCACAUAUUCUACACAGAACCUAUGGAAGUUCAAGCUGGGAAAUCUGCUGUAGUCUUCUACAAUCCAUCAAAUACUGUUUUGAAUGGCAAAGCUGAAGUAUGGAUUCGGUGCUCUUUCAAUCGCUGGACACAUCGGCUAGGGUCUCUUCAGCCCCAGAAAAUGGUCUCUGUUGACAACAGCUCCCAUCUGAAAGCAAAUGUUAAGGUUCCCCUAGAUGCAUACAUGAUGGAUGUUGUAUUUUCUGAAAGAGGUGACGAGCAUGGGGGAUUGUAUGACAACAGAAAUGGGAUGGACUAUCAUGUUCCUGUUGUUGGAGGAGUUCUGAGGGAGUCACCAAUGCACAUUGUGCAUGUAGCGGUGGAGAUGGCACCUAUUGCAAAGGUUGGAGGCUUGGGUGAUGUGGUGACAAGUCUUUCUCGUGCAGUUCAAGACUUGGGACAUAGUGUUGAGAUUAUUUGUCCAAAGUAUGACUGUCUUAAUUAUAGCCAUGUGCGUGACCUGCAGUUUAGGCAAGAAUUCUAUUGGGGAGGUACUCAAAUCAAAGUCUGGCAUGGAAAGGUGGAAGGUUUAUCUGUAUAUUUUAUUGAACCGAAUAAUGGAAUGUUUCGGGUUGGUUCUAUUUAUGGACGUAAGGAUGAUGGACAACGAUUUGGAUUUUUUUGCCAUGCAGCUCUUGAAUUCUUACUUCAAAGUGGAUCUAAUCCGGACAUUAUACACUGCCAUGACUGGACAAGUGCACCAGUUGCAUGGUUGUUUCAAGAACAUUACAAGCACUGUGCCUUAGCAAAUGCCCGCAUUGUUUUUACAAUUCAUAAUCUAGAAUUUGGUGCUGCUCUGAUUGGAAGGGCAAUGGCACAUGCUCACAAGGCAACCACGGUUUCAUAUACAUAUGCACAUGAAGUCUCAGGACAUGCAGCUAUUGCUCCACACCAAUAUAAGUUCCAUGGCAUUUUGAAUGGGAUAGAUCCUGAUAUUUGGGAUCCUUUUAAUGAUCAACAUAUACCUAUGGCUUACACUAAAGAAAAUGUGGUUGAAGGUAAGAGGGCUGCGAAGGAGGAAUUACAGUGCCGCCUGGGUUUGAAGCAAGUUGACCGCCCUUUAGUUGGAAUUAUAACUCGAUUGACUGCUCAAAAGGGUGUCCAUCUCAUCAAGCACGCCAUUCGGCGUACACUUGACCGUAGUGGUCAGGUAGUUUUGCUUGGUUCAGCUCCAGAUCCACGCAUACAAAAUGACUUCAAUAAUUUAGCAAAACAUCUACACAAUACAAAUGGUGAUAUGGCACGACUUUACUUGACCUAUGAUGAGCCUCUUUCACAUUUGAUAUAUGCAGGUGCAGAUUUUAUUCUUGUGCCAUCAAUAUUUGAGCCAUGUGGAUUAACCCAGUUGACAGCAAUGCGCUAUGGAUCUAUCCCUGUUGUCCGUAAAACUGGAGGACUCAAUGAUACAGUAUUUGAUGUAGAUCAUGACAAAGGUCGAGCUGAAGCAGAAGGGCUUGAGCCAAAUGGAUUCAGCUUUGAAAUGCCAGACGCUGCUGGGCUUGAUUAUGCUCUCAAUAGGGCAUUGUCUGCAUGGUAUGAGAAACGUGAUUGGUUUAAUUUAUUGUGCAAGCAAGUAAUGGAUCAAGACUGGUCAUGGAAUAGACCAGCACUGAACUAUAUGGAACUUUACCAUAGCGCAAGGAAAUGAGAUACACGAGAUAUGAAUGCAUUUCAAGUGUAUCCACUCGCCUCAUGUACAUUGAUAAACAAUUGAUGCUGAAAGAUUUUAAAGGCAUAUUUUUCAGUUUAGUCAUCCAGUUCUACAUUCUGCAACUAUUCAAGCCAAAGUAUUCAUGACCCUUACCUCAGUGUUGAAUAUUUCCAGCUUUGCUUCAGGAGGUAUGUGGUGACAACCUCCUUUAUGACAGCAGUACCUAUAAAAUGAUGUUUCAAGACCCACAAUUAGUGGGUAAGCGAAAGCCAGCUUCUAUUGCAGCCUAUCAAUGGAAGGCUUUCUCCAAGGUUCGUGUGGCAAACAGAGAAAAGAAGAAAAGCUCUUACAUAAAUAAGCUAGCAACAAAAAACAAAACUUUUUCUGUUUAGCUGUUUGUAUAUCAUUAAGUGCCGAAAAAAGAUGGUACAACAUAGUCCAAUAUGUUAAAAGAUUAUUUCUCGUCUUUUAGCCUUAAGAUAACAAGUUUGUGAAAUCAGAUCAUAGCUCUGUUCUUUAUGUAAACUUUGUUUGGGAAGAAACUCUCAAAUCAAUGGUGUUUAUGAGUUGGUAGGUUGACCAUCUUAUCCGUGUAUGUUAGUCCUGACUCCUGUCUAUGUCAAAGCUAUAAUGGUAAUCCAUGUGCACUGAUCCCACCAAAUUGGGUUUGUGCAUUAUCUCAUCUCCCAGUGUAUUAAAUCCAAUUCUCUUUGCUACAAGUAAUAGCGUACUCCAAGUUCAUUGUCUUCUUUCCUCUUUCUGAUUAAUGUAUUUAUCUCUUGUAACA